UGGGUGUGAAUAUACUACAGCCUGAUCUUACCACACCAGAACCUUUCUAACAUACCUACAUAAUCAUGCAUUCAGGUGUGAUUUGAAAUAUAGCACAGCCUGAUCCUACCACACCAGCCCAGGUUGAGCAGUAAAAAGCAGAGAAUUCAUAUCAUUCAAAGAAGAAGUUCCUGGGGACAACUGAAGAGGCCCAUACAUUGCAAACUAUUAAGUGCUUUCUGUUCUCUGCCUUAUUAUUGACGUUUGAUAAUAUGGAUGAAGAAAAUCUCACGCAAACUGCCACGCCUCAGCCAUCCUUCGAACUGCACUCUCCUGCGGUGGACUUUAUCGAGAACAGAUUGCACCAAUAUCAUCCUGCAUUUGACGCUCGCCAUGUCCGAUUCAGCCCAUCACAGGGACAAUAUGUACCCCGAAGGCCGCUCCCUUCCGAUCUAUCAUUGCCUCAAAACAUUAUGACAGCAACAAUGGCGGCGUCCGACCUUCUUUCUCUUCCCCAGCAGUCGCAAAGACCAGCACCCAGCGCUGUCAACGAUAUGCUGUUCUGGCAUGAAAUAUUCCCAAAGGCAAUGGAGAUGCUAAAAUUGGACACUUCUUCCUGCGAGAUCAAAGACCCAGCGUGGAAAAUCCGGCAUCUUUCAACAUGGGCUGAUGUCCAGGCGAUACUAGCUCGGGCGCAGCAGCAAUACGACUUCUAUUCUGGUCCACAGCAAGUCGGCAGGUUCAGAAGGAAGAUGCGAAGCGUCUUAGACGACAACACUGCGAAGUUGCAGCAGGUUGCUAGACUUGUACCAGAAGUUGACAUCGCCAAGCCAGUCGUCGGCGCCAUCAAAGUCGUGCUAGAUGCCUAUCGUCAAGUAUCAGAAGUCAGAGAGGAAGUUGCAACAAGCUUCGAUGAGUUACCAGAAGCAUUCGAGAAUAUAGAAUUUUACCUUCAGACGUAUCAUGGGGACGACAACAUUGCUUCGGCGUCAUGUCAUCUGAUUUGCGCUAUUUUGGACGCUGUUGAACACGCUAUUGUGUUUUAUACCAGUCACCAGGCGAAACGAGCGGGUAUGGCUAUUCUCUCGGGACCAGAGUACCAAAAGAAUCUUGUUCAAAGUCUCCAAAAAAUCAAAAGCCGCUGCAACUCUUUGGAAAGUCAAGCAAGCAAGUCAUUGGCUUAUCGUGUUGCCAGCGACAAUUCUAGGAUGAUGGAGCAACAGGCGCUCAUGCAGCACGUCCUCGGAUCUAUCCACAAAGGCGUGCAAAUACACAAUAUGGAAAUGAAUUUGGGCAUGUCUUUCUUUGCAGCAUUGUUCAACGAGGUAUAUCCACUUUUGAACGGACAAGAAAGAGCUAGAAGAUCUCCCUCGCCAAUGGGGAUAGGUCCGUUUUCAUUGCCUCAGCUUAUCAAAGAAGAGAUUUUCUGGUCGCCCCAAGACAUAUGGGCCUGUUUAUGCAUCCCUGCCAUAGACGAGGAAGAUCUUCGCUAUGUAACAGAAAACGCAGAGUUGAUGCUUCACAGGGAUGGGGGUAGGGCGCAACAGCUUCUGGGGGAAUCUCCCUUCAGAAAAUGGAUGUCUGUGAGCAGCUCUGCCAGGUUGCUCGUGCAUGGCGAUUUUCAGCCGCCCUUCGAUAUCUCGCCUCUGUCUGUGGUCUGCACCCUUCUGACCCACACGUUCAGAAACUUGGGCAGUAACUUCGUUAGUCUUGUUUUCUUCUGCGGUCGACAUCAGAUCUGGGACGUACAUCGAGGUGGCUCGGCCAUAAUUCGGUCCCUCAUCGAUCAGCUGUUGCGCCAGUGUGCGUUUGGUCCAAUUCGACCAGAGACAAAUAUGUCUUUGGAGGACCUCGAUCGUGAUGACAUCAGAGCUCUGUGUGAGGUGUUCAUUUCGCUGUUCCGCCAGCUGUCGUCACAUAUGCAGGUUUUCUGUCUCAUCGAUGGUAUUUGCUUAUAUGAGGCUGAUCAAUACUUGGACGGAAUGGAUAUUGUCAUCAUGAGCUUGAUAAGCCUGGUAGAAUCGGGAGGUUAUGGGAUGUGGCCAACUUUUAAACUCCUCAUCACAAGCCCCAGUCCCACAGUGGAGGUUAGGAAAGUCUUUGACCCAGAACCAGACACAUUACUUUCUAUACAAGGACCUUCCCUGGUAAAUGGUGGGAUGGGACUAGCUGGCCUUCAGGAGCAGUUUAACUUUGGUAUUCAUCGGACGGAGUAGAGAUAUUCCAAGAUCGAUAAGCAAACCAAAGAGAACAGUGAAAACAGGCGAUUGUGUCAUCAUUUUGUAAUUUUCAUUUCAAAAUGACUUUCCUCUGGGUGGGAUUCCCUGCAGUUGAAUUCAUCCCAAUUACCCCGCCAUUAGGAGGCGAAUACGGAGCCGGUGGGGACCGGGCUGGAGUCCUGCGACGCCGGCGCCGUGUGGCUGACGGCCGCUAUGGCAGUGACAAUGGCGAAAACAAUGUUAAAACACAUCCUGUCGGUUAGACGAAAUGAAAAUGUUCUCAAAUGUUGCUGCUUGUGAGAAAAGAUUCAGUCGUGUUGUAUAGACAAAAGGAGAUUUUGUGAGUAAAAAGAUGCAGUGAGGCAGGAGAAGAUAAGUUUAG